UCGCUUCAUUAUAUUGUUCCCAGAAACCCUAAACCCUAAAUCAUCCCCAUUUUCCCACCUCCAUUGUUGGCUGCCGUGGGAUAGUAAGAGAGAGAAGGAUGAGGACGUACUUGCUAUUCGAAUCCUCAUCUGGUUAUGGUCUGUUUAACGCUGAAGGAAUUGAUGAAAUUGGGCAAAAUACUGAAGCUGUUCGUAACUCCAUUACUGACAUUGAACGUUUCGGUAAAGUUGUAAAGCUUGCUGCUUUUCAACCCUUUGAGUCUGCUCUUGAUGCUCUUAAUCAAUGCAAUGCUGUUUCUGAAGGUAUCAUGACUGAUGAAUUGAGAAACUUCUUGGAGCUUAGUUUCCAAAAUUCAAAGGCCAAAGAGUUUUUUGUUGGAGUAGCAGACCCUAAACUUGGAGCUAGUAUUUCUGAAGGGACUAAGAUUGUGUGCAGAAGUAAUGAAUUUAUUCAGGAACUUCUUCGUGGUGUGCGCUUUCAUUUUGAGAGGUUCAUCAAGGAUCUUAAGCCUGGGGAUUUGGAGAAAGCUCAAUUGGGUCUAGGACACAGCUACAGCAGGGCGAAAGUGAAAUUCAAUGUUAAUCGAGUCGACAACAUGGUCAUACAAGCAAUAUUUAUCCUUGACACUCUCGACAAAGACAUAAACUCAUUUUCGAUGAGAGUCAGGGAGUGGUAUUCAUGGCACUUCCCUGAGCUAGUUAAGAUUGUAAAUGAUAACUAUCUCUAUGCCAAACUUGCAAAAUUCAUUGAGAACAAGUCGGAGUUGUCGGAGGAGAAAAUUCCUGACUUGACUGAAGUUGUUGGUGAUGAAGAUAAAGCAAAGGAGAUUGUUGAAGCUGCUAAAGCAUCUAUGGGCCAAGAUUUGUCCCCAGUUGACUUGAUUAAUGUUAAGAUGUUUGCUCAAAGAGUUAUGGAUCUUGCUGAAUAUAGGAAGAAGCUUUAUGAUUACUUGGUUACAAAAAUGAAUGACAUUGCACCAAACUUGACCUCUUUAAUUGGUGAGAUUGUCGGAGCCAGACUAAUUUCUCAUGCUGGCAGUCUGACAAAUCUGGCAAAGUGCCCAUCUUCUACACUCCAAAUCCUGGGCGCUGAGAAAGCACUCUUUAGGGCCUUGAAAACACGAGGAAACACCCCAAAGUAUGGUUUGAUAUUCCAUUCAUCUUUUAUUGGCCGGGCAUCUUCCAAGAACAAAGGUCGUAUGGCACGCUACCUUGCAAACAAGUGCUCCAUUGCCUCUCGUAUUGACUGUUUUUCAGAAAAGGGUUCUACUGUUUUUGGUGAGAAGCUACGUGAACAAGUAGAGGAGCGCCUUGACUUCUAUGACAAGGGAGUUGCACCUCGCAAAAAUAUUGAUGUCAUGAAAGACGCAAUCGAAGUUGCCCAAAAAAUAGAUGAUGAAAUGGACGUAGAUAAUCAGCCGGAUUCUGCAGUGAAAAAGAGCAAGAAAAAGAAAUCCAAGGAUGAUGUUUCUGCCACAAACGGCAACGCAUCAGAAGACGUGAAAUUCGAGAAGAAGAAAAAGAAAGAAAAGAAGAAACAUCAAGAAGCCGAACAAGAGCAAGAAACAGUAGAAGAACCCAUCGAUGCCAAGUCCGAGAAGAAAAAGAAGAAAGAGAAGCGCAGAUUAGAACAAGAACAAGCUGAUGUAGAAAAAGGUGCAAAGGAAGAUGGAACUAUCAAAAAGAAGAAAAAGAGCAAAGACGAAGACGAGGAUAUAUCAGCCGUUAGCGAGGGAAAGAAGAAGAAGAAGAAGAAAUCAAAAGAAUGAAGUGAAUUAAGAUCCAAAUUCUGUUGUGGCCUGUGUUUGCCAAAUUUUGAUUUGCUGCUUUAUGUCAAGUUUGCAGCUGUGUUAAGUUUCUUAUAUUCAUGGUUUUAUUCUAUUUUAGGUUUCCAUCUUAUGUUUGUUUUUAUUAUGUAGUGUAGUUUAUGAUUUAGACACAAAACAAGAUAUGGAUUAAUAGUACUGCCAUAGGCCAAGUUUCUAUAAACUGUUUCAGCUGUGAAUUCUUUUCAGCAAUUUUUAGUUAAAUGAAUUUUGUGACCA